AACGCCCGCCCCGCUCGCCGGGUUCCGGCAGGCCGGACAUGGAGGCGGCGACGGCGGCCUGGAUGGACCGAGCGCUACGCAUGGCUAAAGAAGCCUUAGAAAAUGGGGAAGUUCCUGUCGGCUGCCUUAUGGUCUAUAACAAUGAGAUCCUGGCAACGGGGAGGAAUGAGGUGAAUGAGACAAAGAAUGCAACUCGACAUGCAGAGAUGGUGGCAAUUGAUCAGGUUCUAGAUUGGUGUCAUCAACACGAUAAGGAUCCCGAUGAAGUGUUUGCACACACAGUGUUGUACGUAACUGUAGAGCCUUGCAUAAUGUGUGCAACUGCCCUACGCAUGAUGAAAAUUCCACUGGUUGUAUACGGUUGUCAAAAUGAGAGAUUUGGAGGCUGUGGCUCGGUCUUGAACAUCUCCUCUGAUGAUUUAAUAGGCACUGGGGAACCAUUCCAGUGCAUUGCUGGCUAUCGAGCUGAAGAAGCAGUGGAAAUGUUAAAAACCUUCUACAGACAAGAAAAUCCAAAUGCACCGAAGUCAAAAGUACGGAAAAAGGAAUGCAGUAAGUAAAAGCCCUCUGUUAACAGAAGACUGAAGCGCAGAAAAUAAUGGCCCAUGGGGAAAGAUUUCUUCACUGUCUUCAGUGCAGCAUUUGGGAACGGCAACAUUAAUGAACUUCAAAUCUGCUCCCGUUUUACUACUUGAAUAUUGUCAGUGUCUUCCAUUUUAUGUGUCUAGUAGGUGAUAUGAUUUCUAAAUUACCAACCUUAGUCUUUGUGAAAAAUAUUUGCCUUUAUCGGGCAGGGAGAAGGUUUUAAGUUAUAGUUCAGACUGAACGGUUUGCACCACAUGGAUCUUAUAUGGAUCUACUACAGUAAUGGCCUGUCUGCACAGCAUGUGGAUGGAAUAUUCUAUUACGGUCCUGUCUAUGGUUAUAGAUAGCAAGUAUUUUUAGAGAAUAGUUUACUUAAGCCAUUUAGAAGGAAACAGCCCUAUAAACAUUCAACUGGACAUUUACUGUACACCGUAUACCUUAAUUAAGAACUGUAAGAGGGUAACAAAGGGCAAACAAACAGACCUUGAAAACUGAUACCAGACCAGUGUAAGAGUUCUUCAUUAUUUUAUUCUUUUUGUCUCCUAUAGAUCAAACAUCUCUGAAAAGUCAUGUUUAGGCAGAAAGAUGCAUGUGAAAAACUGUAUAUGUCUUAAUACUUAAUUCAUGUAUAUAUAUACAUGCUGAUUUGCAUAAGCAAAUACAAGUCUUUCAUACUAGUGAUUUAUGUGUGAAGAAUUGAAGGCUGGCAUGAAAAUCUCCCUUUCUGACAUUCACUCCUUGAUUAUUAACGUAUGGAAAAAAUGAUCCACAAGUAAAUUGGACUUACUUUCAGUUGCCAAAUCCUGACAUCUGCAUGUUUAACUGGAGAUAUGAAGACCAGGAAAGGAAAAUAGGAGUAACAGAAAGAGAACAAAAUGCAUGAUAUUCUAACUUUUUGGACAUUGGUUAGCAAAAUGUCACUUGCAUUUACUUUUGCUUGGCAUUGCUGUAAUUUGUAAUCCAGAAGAGGGCCUUACUGUUCCACUAAUGAAUUAAAAUGCAAACCUAAAUUGAAUCCUUGAUCGCAUUGUUCCUAAGUGGAUAUUUAUCAAGUAAAAAAAUUAGCUUGCAAUUUAAUUGAUUGGAGAAAAAUUGCAGAAAUUUGGAAAAAAAAAAAAACCUUAAGAUUUUUUUUUUAAUUACAAAAGAGCAAUUAAAAUUCCUGGGGUGCAAAAGUUAUAUACAAUUAAAUACUGUAUCUAUUUGAACAAAA